UGGGCGACGAAGACGACGUACUGCCGGCUAGUCUGCAGAGGCUUGAAAUUGAUCGUCGUUCAACGAGUUGUCCUCAGUAAGCAUCGCUGUCUCGCACUCGAUCUCGAUUGCGUCAAAAUGCGUAAAUAAACACGUCAACACAACGCCCAGAAGGGACGCGCUCUUCCAAGGUCGAGGACGAUUUUCGUGCUUUCAUGCCCUACGAAGCGCAUUGCAAUGGCAGACAAAUCGAAGCCGAUGAAUUUAUUCAAGGUACACAAAGAUUCCAGCAGCAACUGUUUAUUUCGAAGAAGAUCAAUGACUAACAGGCCUACCAUGUUCUCAGUCAACCCAAGAGGUAUUAAGAGUACAACGAAUUUUAAGCCGUCUAAAAACGAGAGAACAAUCGAGAAGACCAAGAAGAGCGUCAUCAUCCUAAGGGACGCCAUUUUAAAGUUAAACGCUUCUGGAACUAGCGGUCCUAGUGAUAACCCAGUGGAUACGCUGUUUAAGAACACGUGUAAGCUCGGUAUUCCCAGUAAAAAUUCCAAGAUGAUCGACCACAAUUCGGUCAUGAAGGACUUCAAGGCGCUGAAAAUCAGUAAAGACAAUAGGCAGGUCAAGGACGACACUAGUAUUCAGGAUGACGACUGCGAGGGUGCAGGCGGUUUCCAUCGAGCUCGUAGUAACACAAUGCCGAACUUAAAGAGAGGUCCUGGUCCAGGUGGCGGAGAUCAGCGAACGACAACAGGCAACGGACAAUCUGAUGCUAGUGGCAGUUCAUCUGGCCAACAACAAUUAUCGAGUUCACCGAACACCUGUUCAGUUCAGGCACGAAUAUCGCCGCCCUUAUCAAGCGACAUCACGAUCGGCGAACUCGCUGGCUACUUCGAAGAGUUCGUUCAUAUUCCAAAGAAGAUGUCACAUAUGGCAGAGAUGAUGUACACUUAAUUAUUGUAAAGUAUCUUGAUUUAUGCAUACACCGGAUGCUGAUUUUUUGUGUGCACAAGGUUGUGCAUUUUACUCUAUACAGGAUGUCCCAAUAACUAUUAACUUCUCUGAAAUAUCUUUGAAUCUAUAAAGUCUAGAGAAAAAUUUGUAUAACCAAAAUUGCACGGGUUAAGAGGGCUAUCAUAUGGCGAUAAUAAUUUUUAUGUAGGUGGAGAUAAUAUGAUUACCGUUAUUUUAAUGUAUGAUUAUCAUUAUGUUGAUACUUUUAAUGAAGAAUUAGGGGAAUAGAAAUUAAUCUUGAUAUC